AAUCCAAACAAAACAAACAUCGUAACGAACGAGGAAUAUAAUUCAGAUCAGUAGGUAUUAUAUUCCAAUUAAACAGUUGUUUCGUUCAUUAAACGCGUUUCAUUCUUGUAGUAAUCGGUCGCGUAAUGGAGCAAGUUUCAAAAUGAAAAUAUAGGCUAGAAAAUUUAUAAAUUCUUCGCAAUUUUUACGCGGCAAACGAUGAUAGAUAUUGCAAUCGUCAAUCUGUGGAGAUAAGAACGGACGUACUCAAUCUCAGUGUAGAUUAGUCCGUCUGGGCAGAAGAAUCUUCGAAAAACGAUAAUGCAUAAAGUUUAGGAAACAAUACAGUGUGGUUGUUUUCGCGCGGUGUUAAUUUGAUCUGUGUUCGAUUUUUAAAUAUCGUAAAAAAUUAAAAUGGAGACUUAUAUGAACGGUUUUAUUCCGGAGUAUUUCUACAGUUUUAUUGAAGAAUUGGAUGAACAUCCUUGGUUAUUUUCUGCUCUCGCGUCCCUGCUGGUCGGCUUGAGUGGUAUUCUGCCGCUGCUGAUAAUUCCCAUUGAUGAAACAGCAUCUUUCAAAGACGGAGCUGGAGCGGCAACUUUAAGGAUACUGCUAAGCUUCGCAGUGGGAGGUUUACUGGGAGAUGUAUUCCUACAUUUGCUACCCGAAGCAUGGCAGCACGACCUCGCCGCCACUAAAGAAGGUGAACACGUGUCUAUGAAAUGCGGGCUAUGGUGCCUCUUCGGAAUGCUAGUGUUCAUAGUGGUGGAGAAACUCUUCGCUGGCUCUGAUGAAGACGAGAAAGAAGUUCCUCAAACAAACGGCUCUAUCAAUUCCAUAGAAAUAGAAGAGAUCGAGAAGCUUCUAGAAAAACAAAGAAAGAACAGCGGGAAGGCAGCCGGGCAGGGUAUUUGUGGAGGCAACGGUACCGUGUCGGCGACAGAGCUCUACAACUCUUGCGUAUUCAACAAUAAUAGUAAAGGCGAGGGCUGUUGCAGUACAAUAGUGACGACAACGAACGGAGCGGUCCGGUGUAAAGGUAACAGAUGGAUGGGCCGCUGUCUGCUAAGGGAGGCGAAAGAGAAGGCCUUGAAGGCUUCCAAGGAGAAGAGCGAGAAGAAAGAUGUGGCAGGCUACCUCAACCUGAUGGCCAACUCAAUUGACAACUUUACUCACGGGCUGGCUGUGGGGGGGUCUUUCUUAGUGGGCUUCCGAGUGGGGUUGCUCACUACCUUCGCUAUACUAGUUCACGAGAUACCUCACGAAGUUGGAGAUUUCGCUAUUUUACUAAAAAGUGGCUUCUCUCGAUGGGAAGCUGCUAAAGCACAAUUUGCCACUGCAUCUGCGGGUCUGAUUGGAGCCAUGACAGCAGUUAUAUUCAGCGGAGCAAGGAAUGCUAUUGAGGCUAAAACCUCAUGGAUAGUACCGUUCACCGCGGGGGGUUUCCUACACAUCGCCCUAGUGACAGUUCUACCGGAUUUACUUCGAGAAAAUGAUAAAAUCGAAUCGUUGAAACACCUCGCGGCUCUCAUCUCUGGAAUACUCGUAAUGGCUUUCAUGACGCAAUACUUUUAAUAGAAAAUUUUAUUAAGUGAGAAAUUACCAACAUACAUUACCUGGGAACUAAGCGUCGCUUGUAUAUUGACACCUGGAUAUCUAAAGUUUUUCUGAAGAUUCUGUAUUCCAAAUAUGUAUGGAGUGGUAAAAAGUAGUUAGAAGUAGUCGAGAAGGAAACGCUGUGAAAUUUUAAAUUAUGGAUUUUGAAAGAAAGAUUUUAAAGUGCUGGAAACUUGCUCAGUUGUUUUUCUUUUUUUCUGUAAAGAGACGUUAUAUUAAAUAAAUCAAUUAAAAAAAAGUUAAAGAAAUGUCUACUGGACAAUUUCAUGUUCUUUUUGAGCCAUAUAUUUAACAUCACAUUGUGAUAAUACAAAAAUAAAUUUAGAGUAUGCAUA